GUUCGGGGCGUGAUCCGGGCGUGGUGUGGGCGUGACUCCGGGCCCGGAGGGGCCGCCAGGCCGUCCCGCCGUCCCACUGCCCGGCUGCUGGCCCCCGCCGCUCCGCAGCUUCGCGGUUCGGGUAAGGCGGGCGCCCCGCGGGCUCGGCUCGGGCUCCCGGUCCGAGACUGGGGUCUCUGGCUUCCCUCUCGGCCACUCGCUCUCAGAGCGCGCGCGGGCGAGGUGUUUGGAUACCGAGGAGCGGGGAAGGUAGGAUUCUCUCACCAUGAGGUCCUCCCUGCAGGUGGUGGCACUCUGGGGCAAGAAGGCCCCUUCCCACAGCAUCACGGCCAUCAUGAUCACUGAUGACCAGCAAACAAUUGUGACUGGGAGUCAAGAGGGUCAGCUCUGUCUCUGGAAUCUAUCACCUGAACUAAAGAUUUCAGCAAAAGAACUUCUGUUUGGUCAUUUGGCUUCAGUAACGUGUUUGGCAAGAGCGAGAGACUUCUCUAAACAGCCUUAUAUCGUUAGUGCUGCUGAAAAUGGGGAGAUGUGUAUUUGGAAUGUCACCAACGGACAGUGCGUGGAGAAGGCCACACUACCUUACAGGCACACUGCAAUCUGUUAUUACCACUGCUCAUUCCGGAUGACAGGAGAAGGCUGGCUUCUGUGCUGUGGAGAAUAUCAAGACAUUCUUAUAAUUGAUGCCAAAACUUUGACUCUUGUUCACACUUUUAUAUCGUGUCAGUCUCCUGAUUGGAUCAACUGCAUGUGCAUUGUCCACUCUGUGAGAAUUCAAGAAGAUUCUCUCUUGGUCGUAUCAGUAGCUGGUGAACUCAAAGUAUGGGAUCUCUCUUCAUCUAUCAGCAGCAUUCAGGAAAAGCAAGAUAUCUAUGAAAAGGAAUCCAAAUUUCUUGACUCGCUGAACUGCCGGACAAUACGAUUUUGCACAUAUACAGAGAGACUUCUAUUGGUGGUAUUUUCUAAAUGUUGGAAGGUUUAUGAUUACUGUGAUUUUUCCCUUCUAUGCACUGAAGUCACUAGAAGUGGGCAGUUCUUUGCUGGUGGAGAGGUGCUUGCUGCUCACAGAAUCAUCAUCUGGACAGAAGAUGGUCACAGUUACAUCUAUCAGCUGCUGAACAGUGGGCUUUCAAAAAGCAUAUACCCUGCUGAUGGAAGAGUGCUUAAAGAGACCAUUUAUCCUCAUUUGCUGUGCUCUACUUCUGUGCAGGAAAAUAAGAGCCUUCCCUUUGUCAUGGGCUACAUGAAUGAAAGGAAAGAGCCUUUUUAUAAAGUACUUUUCUCUGGUGAAGUCUCAGGAAGAAUUACUUUGUGGCAUAUCCCUGAUGUUCCUAUAUCCAAGUUUGAUGGUUCCCCUGGAGAGAUACCAAUAACUACUACCUGGACCCUUCAAGAUAAUUUUGAUAAACAUCAUAUCAUGUCACAAAGUAUUGUUGACUACUUCUAUGGGUUUAAAGAUGGAGCUGGAACAGUGGUAAUCACUUCAUCAGAGUAUGUUCCAAGUCUUGAUAAACUAGUAUGUGGCUGUGAAGAUGGUACAAUUUUCAUUACGCAGGCUCUGAAUGCUGCCAAAGCAGGUCUUCUGGAAGGCGGUUCUUUACUAAAAGAUUCCCUUCCUCACAAAGUUCUCAAAGGCCAUCAACAAAGUGUUAUUUCAUUACUUUACCCACAUGGUCUCUCUUCAAAAUUAGACCAAAGUUGGCUGGUGUCUGGGGACCAGGACUCAUGUGUCAUCUUGUGGGAUAUCUUUACUGAAGAAAUUUUGCAUAAAUUCAUUUUGGAAGCUGGUCCGGUAACAAGUCUUUUGAUGUCACCAGAGAACUUCAGACUGAGAAGUAAUCAGGUAAUUUGCUGUGUGUGCAGUGACCAUUCCGUGGCUCUCCUUCACCUUGAGGAGAAGAGGUACCUCUUUUGUGCCCGGAAGCACCUUUUCCCUGUGAGGAUGAUAAAAUGGCACCCCGUUGAGAAUUUUUUAAUUGUUGGAUGUGCAGAUGACUCUGUUUACAUCUGGGAGAUUGAAACUGGCACUUUGGAAAGACACGAAACGGGAGAGAGAGCAAGAAUUAUUCUUAAUUGUUGUGAUGAUUCACAGUUUCUAAAGCCCGAAUCUGUAUUUUCAGUUGCCUCAGAGACACAUAAGCACAAAAGUGUAGAACAGAGAUCCUCCAUCUCCUACCAGUUUGGGCCAAUACCUUGCCCUGGUCUGCAGGUGGAGGCUUCGUGUAAGGUGGCUGAUGCCAAGUCUUUCUCAGGUCCUUUUAAUGUCCUACCUGUGAAGACAAGAUGGAGUAACAUUGGCUUUCACAUCCUUCUAUUUGACCUGGAAAACCUUGUUGAACUUCUGCUGCCAACUCCAAUCUGUGAUAGUGACCAUUCCAGUUCGUUCCAUGGUAGUGAGAUCCUGAGAAGAGCCAGAAGCACAGUAGAGAAGAAAACAUUGACGCUGAAAAGGAAUAAAACUGCCUGUGGUCCUCUCUCAGCAGAGGCACAAACUAAGCCUGGUAGUGAAAGCUCAGCCCAAGGAGAUAAUUCCGUAACAUUCUUAGAAGAAAAUGAUGGCAUUAAAAGGCAGAAGAAAAUGAAGAGCUCCAAAAAGAUGCAUCCUAAGCCAUCAAGAAAAUUGGAUGCCAACCUCAUAAUAGAUGCAGCUAAAUUGCUCCUAUCUUGCCUGUUGCCAUGGGGAGUGGAUAAAGAAUUAGAUAAUCUCUGCAUUAAGCAUCUCAAUAUUUUGAAGCUUCAGGGUCCUGUUUCUUUAGGACUUGCUUCAAAUGAAGAUCAAUUCUCAUUGAUGUUGCCGGGUUGGGAUUCAUGCAAUGCUGAAAUCAAAAAAGACUCUUCAAAAGUAAAUUUAUUUUCCAGAAAAGUUUUAGAUUUGUCAAAUAAAUACACAUCCACUCUUCCAAAUCAGCCUGGGAUGCCAAGAAGACUGGAAAAUAAUUGUGAUUCUUUGCAAGAGUCUAACACUAUAGUUUAUUUAUUGAGAAGAGUAUUUUUAGUUAACAAAUUAGUUAACAUGCCUGUAGAAUUGUCAUGUGGAAUUGACAGUUCCUUCAAAAUGGAAUCUGUACAUAACAAGGUGAAAAAUCCUGGGAAUGAUAUUUUGCAUAUCUCAAGCUUCUACAGUUACUUACGAAAUGGUAAAAACGAAUCCCAUAUACCUGAAGCUGACAUGUCACUUUUGAAGCUAAUUUCCUGUUGGAGAGAUCAAUCUGUGCAGGUAACUGAAGCAAUACAAGCUGUUCUCUUGGCGGAAGUUCAACAGCACAUGAAGACCUUGAGAAAGAUACCAAUCAACAGUCAACCAGAGGCCAUGACUGAGAAUGGUAACUAUGAGAUGAUACAGAUACGGCCAAAGAUGGAAUGGACCGAGGAGCUAGAGUUACAGUGUGUUACAGACAAUUUGCCUCCGCAAACUUCAGCCAGUCUGGUCAAGCAUGACAGCAACUCAAACUCGGCAAACUUCCAAGACAACGAGGACAUGCCUGACAGAUGUGUCGUGGAAGAGUCUGAGAGUCCAGGUAAGCCAGGACAUCAUUCAUGGAUAGCAAAGAUGUGCUUUUGCAAGCUGUGCUAAACUAAAUCUCAUCUCUAGGAAUGGAAUUAGGACAAAUGAAGAAACCCAAAACAUGUCAUUUGUUUAUCAUCGUAUAUAAGUUAUAUUGCUAUUGAUCAAGAUAUUAGGUUGUAGAUUUCCUAACACUUUAGCCAGAACAAAUACAAGUAUAAUUACUGAUUGAAAAUAUUAACUUUCCUAAUUUUAGAAAAUGAUUGUCUAAAUCAUCCUGUAUUCCUGUUUCUUACUUUUCUUUUAAUAUUUCCAACAAGGAAUGCCAGCCCAUAGACACAAAUUUAAUACCAUUUUAGAUUGUUUCCAUCUUUUCAGUUCCUGAAUUAUCUAAUAAGCAAUAUUAAAAUCACAUUGCUUUUAAACAAUGUAACACACAGUGCUUUUAAUUUUAAUGUUGUUUCAAUGUAUUUAAUCUAAAACUUUACCAAAGUUAUUUGUUAGGUUAGGACAUUUUGUUUUAGUAGAUGCUUUAAUUCCGAUCAAUCACCCUGCAGUAAAUCUCAUCCCUAAGGAUGAAAUGUUGUCAACAAAUAGCCAGUUCCAUUUAGUCAUCAAUUAGCCCAAAUAAGUGAUACACAAUAUAACUGGGACCAAUCUUGUGCAGUCAAGUUAAUUCAGACUUCUAAUGACAUAGAGGCUAAUGUCUUUAGCUAAAGGAAGAUCUUGUUGGCCGUAUAAAUGUGAACUAGAGAAGGGGACUCUACUUAUAGCUCAUCACAAUUGAUCCUUAUGAAAUAUAAACUCUCAUAGUUCUUUUCCCAGAAAGAAGCUUGACUAGCAGGAAUUCUUAAACGAAAAUAUGCAAAGUAAUAUAAAUAGGAACAGAUAUGAAGUGCUCAUCUAUUAAAACCCUUAGUGAUCUGAUUUAUUUGCUGUGAUUUCUAUUGUUUAAUUCCUAGAUUUAUAGAAAAUUGUCAAAGAUUAUUAGUGUGCAUAUGAGUACAAAUAGUGCCAAAUCCAUAGAAAAAUGGAAUUAAAGUGUUGUGUAAUACCUAUAUCUAUCUUAUAAUUAAUGAUUGAUGUAAAUGAAUAUACCUGAAAAUAAACAUCAUAUGAUCGUGAUUCCUUUAAAGGAGAUAAAACUGCGUGUUCUUUUUUUCCCCCUCAAAUAUGAUAUCAUUGCUUGAAAUUACUAAUUACUUUUGAGUUGUACUUCACAAACAGAUAAUAUGAAUAAUCAUGGAAAAUUGUCAUCCUUUUAAAAUGGACAUAUAUGCUAUGGAAUAGUCAAAAGCUAUUUGGAACAAGUUUCAAAAUAAAGGAAGGUAGUAGCAAGCUAGGCAAUGGAAUACAAUUUGUUGUAUGCUGUGUACUGACUCUGAAGGCCAUUACAAGGACUCCCCAAAACAUCUUUAAUGAUGGCAAUACCAGAUAAGUAUAUGUCCUUUCAAAGGGGCAAUUUUAGUAGUUAAAACUUAAUUGGAUGUUCAAGUUUUAGUGUUUAUUAAAAAUAAGCUUUGUUUAUAUAGUUGUGUCCUAUUAUUCCCUUUUCAAAGCAUAAUAAAAAUAAGUUUAAACCAUUGUCAAAUUUAGCAUUUCUUUAGGUCUAAGAAAUCCAUACUGAAUCCUUGAGAAAUAUUUUAUGAUAUCACUACAUAUAGGAAAUUACAAUUGGCAUAACACUGACAUUACUAAAUGAGAUAUUUAAGAUUUUUUUAGCUAAUAAUUUGGAUGCAUGAGUAAUUAAAAUAUUUUAUCUAUAUGAAUUCUAGAGGCCAACACCAUUAACUAUCAAAACUCUUAACUCCUAAAACUUAGUUUUAGAGAUAGACAUUUAAAGGAUGUUUGCUAAAACACAUGCGCAGGUAUGUUUAUAACACAAAUCGACUUGUCUGUUUAAAAAUGAUUUCUUUUUAUUGAUUUAUGUUCAACAUGUUUUAGUAAUUUCUGUUGUAAGAACUUGAGGUAGUAAGUUGCCACACAGUUAAUUGGAUCAACCAUGUGGUGACCCUAACCAGUUGAUACCACAGCUAGAAACUCAAAACUCACUGGCUCUUGAUUGGGUGUUUGUCCGUUUGAUGGCUUAGCCUUAAGUAACAAGUGGAGGAAUUGUAUUAGUGAAUAAAUGUGUUUGUA